AGUGCAGACGUGAUCGGAAUCCCAACAGUGCUCUGACCGAUCGCUUGGACCCCCUGGAUUGAAUAAAUAACGCAGUCUGCGGAAUUAUUGGGGUUUUUUUUAUUAAAAAGGAUUUACUUUUGUACAUAACAAGCUAAGACAUGGCAUCUAGGCAUGUGUCUUGUAAUGCGGACCAUGACUGCCCCGUGGGACAGUGGUGCUACAUUUCUAAUCUUUGUGUCGAUUUUGUCGAAUGUAACACUUACAAUCGUGCAGAAAGUACACAACCUGCGCGUGACGCUCUUCAGUGUGGAGGAUGCUUGGAAGGAUUUAAAUCGAAACCUCUUAUAGAUGGUACAAUCAAAGAUCAUUGUAUCGCCAUUCACAAUUCAGAAUUCAAAUUGAGUAUUCUUAUACCAAUAUUGGUUGUGGCUCUCAUAAUAUUCGUCGUAUAUAUAAUCCACAUCUGCAUCUUGAAAAAACGUAAGAAACGAGCAGUGAUCCAUCGAGUAGACGCACUUGAGCCCAGUGCGCCACCAGAAGGAUCCUACAUCACACACAAAUCUGAUGAAGAGAGGAAAACCUGCCAGCAACUUGCUAAUAAUAAUGAGGAAGCAAUAGUUAGGGAAAAAUUGCAGAACGCUUCUGUAUUUUAUGAACCAAAUUAUGUCCAGAAUGCAAAUUUCCCAGGUCGAAUCAAUAACGUCGAAUUUGCUCAACAUAACAUGCCACCUCGUAAUAACGCAGCACCUCAAGUUUAUCUUCGGCCAGCAAGAAACAAUCCUGAUACUGAUCAAGAAUUAGCCAUCCUAAUACCGAGACAAAUUGCAGAACUUGAGGAUAACGUAAGAAACGUUGCGCGGAUGCAAACUGUCUCUUUAUCCUCUAAUGAUGACGUUGGCAAUACUAGUCUCAAUGAAUCCAUCACUAUCGAAAGCGAUAACGAAAAUGAGAACAGAAACGGAGAAGAUGGCACGACAAUUAAAACCGUAUUAGUCAGGCAAAAUAUAACGAUGAACGUUAAUGUGUCAAAUUGA